AUAUCUGUUGUAUAAGUUUUAUAUCAUGGUUUUAUCCCACAUCAGAAACAAAACUGCCUGUGAUAAAAACAAUGAAGAAAUUUUCAUACUCACUGACAAAACAAGUGAUGAUUUUAAAAUUACUUUGGUGUUACAAGACAAGGCCUAUACUAGCAAGGUCAGCAAGACUUGUGCAUUUGUCAAGACUUGGUCACAAAGACUGGAAGUUUCACCUGAAGUAUACUUGGAACAGUUGCUGACUGCCCUUCAAAAGCAGAAUGGAUGCAGCAGUCAUUUGAUGAAGACAAAAAUUAAUGCCACAGAUGACAAUGAUGUUGGCAGAGAGCACAUCUUUGAGGUGGAGAAAAACUUCAUGAUAUGGAAAAAGUAUUUUCCUGAAAAACAAGUUCAUGGUAAAAGAGGAGUCAUUCCAAUACAAGAAGCAGAAUAUUCUACAGCUGUCUGGCUGGUCUUACAGGAGGCUCUAAAAAAUCACUUGGAAGCACAACUGCAAAAUGAAAUACUGCAGGAGACAAAUAACAGGCUUGAGGAAGAAUUGAAGAAAGCUCUUACCUUAACGGAUGAGAGCGUGCGAGCCAAAGAAGAGUUCAAGUCUCAAAAUUAUGCAAAGUUUUGUGCACUCCUCAACACCAAAAAAGCUAAGAUAAGACAAUUGGAAGAAGCGCUCUCUGCAGCUCGAGGAACUCCUGGUUCUUCAGGUGUCAGCGUGCCAGAGGCGUCAACUUCCGGUGCCGGAAACAGGGCAAAGCUUCAACCCAAUAUCCAGGCCUCCAGUCGCGGCGAAUUGACAGAAGCAGCUGCCUGCAUCACGGGCAUCAGCGAUGACGGCUUUGACAGCGACACUGAUGUUGAUGAACCGCAGUGCGACACUGACGAGGAAAAUGAUGCCAUGAGGAAGAGGUCGGCUGAGAAGAGAAAAAUUGUUCAUCACGCUAGUGACGGAGAUUUAAGCGAUGGAGGGAAUCAUUGCACGCCUGAAGAGAGGCACAAGAAAACUGCAAUGAAUGAUUUCCAAGAUGAUUUGUUCAAUUCUAGCGUAGAAGGAACGUCUCUGGCUCUUCUCAGCAACAUCAAGCCUCGUGUCACCGAUGCACCAAAGGUGAGUAAUGCGCGAAUAACGAGACAAGCGUUCUGCAAGACUUUCUCUGGCACAGCGAUGAGUAAAGGUCUGAGUUCUUGUAUAGCUAGUGCUGAUGAGAACCACGAUGUUGAGGAUAGCCCGGCAAGUGUUGUGGCAAACAUUCUUGCAAAAAAUGUAAUGUUGAGACGAGCACGAGGCAUAGAAAUGCCACGAAGAGAAGAUGAUUAUGACUUGCUUGUGCAAAAAGAUAGCAGACACGCGCUAGCAAACGCCAGUGACAUCCUAGACGAUCGCCUCUCCUGGGCGCUCUGUAUCGGGCAAGAAGGCGGGAGGAAAGCAUCGAGUCCUGAAGAUUUUCAUUCAUCUGGGACAAAUGCGGCUCUUGACGACCACGUCAAAUCUAACGACAAUAUACAAAUUCAUGAUGAAAGGACAAAUGGUGAGGAAAGCUCCAGUGGUCUCAAAAAAUUUCCAGUGCUACCUUCAGAAGGUCUCCAAAGUUCUUCCAAAGAGAGAGCUGUUGACAAGCGAGAGGAGAAAGUUGCCCCAGAAUUUUCAGUGUGUAGCGAGGUUUAUGAAUACGAAUGUGAUACUGAGCUCAGUGCAGAGGAGCCAGCGACCGAUGAGAGCGUCGUCAUUCUAGACGAAAGCCGCGACACGAAAGUAACUCGUAUUGUAUGUCAAUUGAUGCCGUUAAAAGAAAAUUCACACCUGCGUUCGGAUCAGAAAAUUUCUUCUUUUCAGGACUGUCGAAACGCUGGAAAUCAAGCUAAUAAAAUUAGUAAUCAGUCACAUAAUUUCAAUUUAUUUAUGGAUGCUGAAUCAUCCGGGCAGACCAUAAAAAAUUUAGACAACCACACUUCUCAAGCAAGUAACCUCUAUACCUCCAACGAAGAAGCCGUCGAACCUGAAAGAAUCACUGCUUGCAAAAAGUUUAGUGCACGGACAGAACCUCAAUUUGCAUUGGAGGUUGAACAGCUCUGGCAAUCUCCAACUGCAGAGCCCCCUUUUCUGUUGCAGGCUGAACAAGUUCGGCAAUCUCCUGCUGCAAACAAUCAUGUCGGUGUUACUUGUUACGAUGAGGUAGCGAGCAGCUCCAAUAAACGGGAAUGUGAUCAAGCAAGCUGUGCUCGGAAGAAGACCCGCGUCGUUGAAUCAGAUUUAGUUAAGCACAAGUUCCGGAGCGGAUCUGUUAUUGAGGAAAUCUUCAUGUGAAAGCACAUGAAGCAGACUGUGAUAAAACAUUUGAAGUGCAAUUUGUGGGCUUCGCACACAAUAGGUCUUCCAUCCGUCCAGUGCAAAGUGCCUUGCGUUUGACUAUUGGCAUUUGUGUUGGGCAGCUGACUAAAUACUGCUAAAUUUUAAGCUAGAUUUCAUUGCCAUUCGCCACUAAUUUUAUACAUCAUAAAUUUCUACCUCGUCUGAUCUUUUAUGUUUAAUAUCUCAUGAAGAGGUUUUGAGUAAGCAAAUCACUAAGACUUCAAUUAAUAUCGAAUGAGAGAUAGAUUUUUAUAUACUUUAUUCCGACAACGUCUACAUAGUACGUGCUGGUGUUUUACACUUUCGAAAUCUGUUUUCAGACUUGAUAUUACAUGUUCACAUAGCACUUGAUAUUGCCACACCAUCUUCUGUCCCAUCCGUAUUCUAAAAACCAUGCCCCUGGUCAUUCUUCUGUACGCCAAGGCUUCCCCAAAUCGAUAUUGCCUGCUUAUACUUUUUGAUAUUUGUAAAUUAAAUACCGCCGAGUUUAUUCAUCGGAUCCACGAUACCAAGUGCCGCUCAGUUUACUCAUCAUAUCCACGAUACCUAGUGUCACUGAGUUUAUUCAUCAUAUACAUGAUACCUAGUAUCACUGAGUUUAUUCAUCAUAUCCAUGAUACCUAGCGCCGCCGAGUUUAUUCGUCAUAUCCAUGAUACCUAGUGUCACUGAGUUUAUUCAUCAUAUUCAUGAUACCUAGUGUUGCCGAGUUUAUUCGUCAUAUCCAUGAUACCUAGUGUCACUGAGUUUAUUCAUCAUAUUCAUGAUACCUAGUGUUGCCGAGUUUAUUCGUCAUAUCCAUGAUACCUAGUGUCACUGAGUUUAUUCAUCAUAUUCAUGAUACCUAGUGUUACCGAGUUUAUUCGUCAUAUCCAUGAUACCUACUACCGCACAGCUUAUUCAUCGUACCCAUGAUACUAAGUACCGCAGAGUUUAUUCAUAGACUAAACCCUGCCUUCUGUUGUCUGUGCCUGACGUGCAGCGGGCCAGCGCUCGCAGAAGGAAGUGAUGGUAGCGUCGCAAGUUUGACGCGCUGCUGCCCAACAGCUGCACGCCAUAGACGGCAACUUUCGCCGCAAUUUACCUGGAAAUGCACACUGAGGGAAACGAAGGGACUGUCUACAAAUCUAAGUACACUUUUAAUCCAUUUACUGUUUAAUGGAGCACCCUGACCCGCCAGGCAAAAGGGCUGAGCAGUGCUACGUCCGCCAGUUGCUUGUGUCAUGGGUAAAAAAGUGCAUCGUCUUUUAGACAAUGAUUUGUUAUUUAUCUAAGUGCACGUUGCUGCUGUUAUUCGUAAUAUAGUGGCGUCAUCACUCGAGUGAAAUUUGUUCAACGCAUUUUAUAGUUGAUCACUCACUCAAUAAUUUUUGUUUCUUCAAAGAUCAAUCGAUCCCUCCUGAACAAUCAAUUGUGCAAAAAUCAUUGUUCUGUGAUGUCUAUAUAAGUUUUAUUCCAAGUGCAGCGAAAACGUGAUUAUCUUUACAUUUGUUGACCGCUUGGCUGUGCCUAAUAUCAUGUUUCGUUUGCGGUAUAUUUUACUGAUGCAUCCAGGUUGUUGCUUUUCAAUAUUAUCAUACUUUCAUCUUAAAGAAUUUGGUGCUGCUCACAUCCGGUUCCAAUUUUCUGUUGAUCAGAGUUGACAAUUCAAAAGACGUAUUUAAAUUGCUUUCUGUACAGGAAAUAAUUAAAUUAACACCCGCGCAAACUUGGAACAUUGAUUCGGUGAAACUGUUACUGUAUGCUUGCUUCUAACACGAGUGUGGCACUGUGUUUUAGAACUUUUUGUCACAUAAUAUCUAUUUACAAUAAAUGGAGUGCUUGUAAUCCUGCUACAUUUUGUUGGCAUUAACUUUGAAAUUCAUUAACAUUAAAUUUGAUUCCUGUUCA